AUGGUCGGCAGUGAGGAGGGGGAGGCGCCUGGCAAGGCGGACAAGCCCGAAUUCAAGGCUCCUCCUCCGCGCAAGCCUGUUGCGCCCCCGCCUCGCUUCGCUCCCGAGCCAGAGCGCCAAGCCGAGGCGUCCGCAGCGGCGGAGCAAGCCCCCGCAGCAGCAGCAGCAGCCCAGGGUGGGGAGGCAGGCAGCAAUGGGAACCACAGCGGCAGCGGCAGCGCGAGCGCCCCACCACCGCCGCCCAAGUUUUCCGCGCCGCCGACCCGCCAGGCGGGAGCCGCCGCCGCCAAGGCCGCCGCAGAUGCCGCAGCCAGGGCCGCCCAGCACGCCACCCCGGCGCAGCGCGAGCGCAUGGUCAUGGAGGCGGCAGCAAACGCCAUCGCUGCUAAGCAAGAGCAGCAGGAGCGGGAGUCCGAGGCGGCGGCGAAGCACGCGGCGGCAGUGGCGGCAGGCGAGGAUGCUCCACCCCGCCCGCCCGGCUCCUACGAGCUGCCAGACUGGGCCGGCGUGCCCGAGGGCAUCCCGUACGUGCUGGAGGUCAUGAAGGGGGGCGCCAUGCUGGAUACCGUGCAGCUGGCGGGGAGGGAUCACUUCACUCUGGGACGAGCCCCCACCAACGACAUAGUCAUGGACCACCCCAGCAGCAGCAGGCUGCAUGCGGUACUGCAGUUCAGGGGGCGGGACGGCGCCGCCUUCCUGUACGACGUAGCCAGCACCCACGGCAGCUUCCUGAACAAGCAGCGCGUGCCCGCGGGCAAGCACCUGCCGCUGCGGGUGGGCGACCAGCUGCGGUUUGGGGAGAGCAGCCGCACCUACAUCCUGGGGGGGCCUGCCGAGCUGAUGCCGGAUGAGGGGCCCAGCCGGGAGGACCGCAUGAAGCAGGCGGCGCUCAAGGCGCUGGCGGAGCGGCGGGAGCGGGAGGAGGCUGUCUCCAAGGCGCAGAUGGAGGUGGCGCUGACGGGGGGCGCGUCCUGGGGCUUUGGGGAGGAUGCCUUUGACGAGGACGAGGACCUGGAGGACGUGGACUGGCGCACGUACGCCGCCACCAAGGGCCUCAGCGAGAAGCAGCAGAAGGUGGCGGACAAGAUCCGCAAGCACGAGGUCCGCAUCCAGAACCUGCAGCGGGAGAACGAGAAGAUCAAGGCCAAGGAACAGAACAUGGAUGAGCUGUCGGCGGGGCAGGCCUCCACCCUGGUCAGGAAUGAGCAGGCUAUUGACAAGUCGAUGGCGGAGCUGGAGGAGCUGGAGGAGCAGCUGGCAGACUCCAUCAGGAACGCGGUUGGGCAGCGAAAGGCAGCUGCGGAGAAGGCGGCGUCGGGCCAGGGCAAGAAGAAGAAGCGGCGGCGGGACUCCGAUGACGAGUACGAGGGCAGCAGCGACGACGACGCCUUUUACGAUCGCACUGCCAAGGGCGGGCAGGGCCACGGCGGCGCAGGCGGCGGCAAGCGGGGCAAGGCCGCCACUGGCGCACCGCAGGAGGUGGAGGAUGCGGCGUCCCUUUGGGGCAAGAAGGAGGCUUUUCAGGAGGAGCGGCAACGCCUGCUGGAGGAGCUGAAACAGGAGGAGGCGGUGGCAGCGGUGGUGGGCCCUGGCGGGGCUGCCGCUGGGGGAGCUGCAGCUGCGGCACAGGAGGAUUCUCUCGAUGCCUUCAUGUCUGAUGUGGCAGUGCAGCUGGAGAGCGACAAGGUGGCGGCGGUGAAGAAGGAACUCGCUGACGUGGACGCCCAGCUGGCGCGCUGCGAGCGGCUGCUCAAGAUCGCCGACCCAGACGGAUAUUUCAAGGCCGGAUCCAAGGCGGUGGUGGCUGCUGCGGAGCGUGCCAAGAAGCACUUGGCGCUGGAGAAGCAGCGGAGGGAGGCGGAGGAGCGCCAGCGCCAGCAGCGGCAGAAGGAGCGGCAGAAGGAGGAGCAAGCGUUUGUGCCGGAGGAGGAAGAAGAGGAGGAGGAGCAGGAUGAGAAGCGGCUGGCGGCGGCGGCGGCCACCAAGGCCGCCAAUGAGGUGAUUCGGGCCAAGGCUGUGGCUAGCACACACAAGCUGGAGGCUGAGGAGAGUCAGGUGGGCGGGCUGCAGCUGCGGCAGCGCCCGCAGCCGCCUGCAGCAGCGCCAGCAGCAGCCCGGCAGGCGGCAGCACCUGCUGUGGGCGCACAGCAGGCGGCGGCGACCGCGGCGGCACCAGAAGAAAGCAACUUUGAGCGGCGGCGCAAGAUGAUUGCUGCGGCGCUGGCAAAGCAGAAGGAGGCCUCGGCCGAGAAGGGCACCGCUGAUGCAGCGGCUGCGACAGCGGCAGCGGCAGCCGGCGACAGCGGGCCGCCGGAUGCCGCCUCCAAGGUCCUUGCUGACCUGGCACUGCUGUCGCGGGCCAGGCACGGCGUGGCGGCAGAGGAGGAGGAGGACGAGGCGGCGCAGGAGCGGCAGCGGGUGCAGUGGGAGGCGCAGCGCAAGCAGCGCAAGCAGCAGCAGCAGGGUGGCGGCAGCGGCGGCGGGGAGGCUGCUGAGGAGUGGCAGCCGCCGCAGGACCAGUUGGGCGAUGGGCGCACAGCUCUCAACGACCGCCUCGGGUAUUGA